UCAUAACGGUUGAGGGUGAAAGUGAACAAAAUACUACAGAAACUACUAAGAAAAAUACUAGUACUGUUGAGGUUGACAAUGUAAUUGUAGAUACUGAAUUUUUGGAUGUAGAUGAUGAUAAAGUAUCUAAUUUAUUAAAAGUUGAAAAGCAAUUAAUAACGACGGAUGGAAUCUUAAAACCAUUAUUAGAGAAAUAUAAAGCGAGCUUUGGAGGAUCUUACAUAAAUUUAAAAAAGAAACAUGUAAUUGUCAAUACAUUAGACAAUGGGAAGAUUGGAGAAAUAAUGCAGUCACCUCAGAUGAAAAGACAUAGACGGUUUUUAUCCUUUGAAGAUGCAAAUAAAUCCCUACUUGAAUUAAGAUCCUUAUUUAAUGAGAUAAGAAAACUGUCCAUAGAACAUAUAAUCAAAGCCAAUACUACACUAAACGUUCUUAUGUACACUGAUAUGGAGGCUAAUAAUAACAUUGUAACUUUAUCAAAUAAUAAUGAAAUUGAUGAGAAAUUUAUAGACUCUAUCAAAAAAUAUGAUCCGAUUUUACUUUAUUCAAAGCCACGAAAUAUUACGAUUAAAACAAAAUAUAUUGGAAAAUCAGUAUUUCGUCGUAUAUCUCCAUACGAUUUUAAUUUAAUCCAAGUAACAGGUAAUGAGUUCAAACUAUCAGCGAAUGAAAUAACGAAUUUAGCCUAUAAAAAAUAUCCACAAUUAUUGAUAAAUGACCGUAUAGGCGUAUCUAGCCAUGGUAUUCAUGUGUGUAAAUCUUCGUUGUCUAGUUUUCUCACUUGUGGGUAUACAAAGGGGCUUAAUGGGAUUUUUAUAAAUAAAUUUGGUAUUAAAAAGGACUUGAUCAUUACAAGCAUGAUCUCAAUUUCAGGUGACGGUCCUAACAAACUUUCUUUUAGUCUACCAAUAGAAUUUAUUCUCAAUGAUGAUGAGAUAAAAUUAUCUCUUGUCAGCAUACCUAAGUCUAAUGAAUAA